AUGGAAGAGGAAAUUUGAUGUCAGACACACGCACAACACCAUUUCGCACUAGUCCCUUGCAGUUAGUAUCAGCAUUCUCAACACCCCAAGCUUCAGUUUCGUCCUCUUUUAACUAAUUCAAAACCACUGAACAAGUAUCACGACCAACAUGCAAAACUUUAUGCAUGCUAUCACCAUAUGCUUUCUUUAAAACGGAAAUCGCUCGUUGAACCUCAAAUGUGCAGGAAAAGUCAUCUGCACAUGACCAUCAAAUCCCAUUUUAAAACUAAAGGUCACUUCUUACAUAACAGUAUAUCAACAGGCAUAAGGAUACAAACCCAUCUUUAUAAAGCAUCAACAAACACAUUCAAGACGCGGACUUUCUUUAUAUGCAAAUUCAAGCAAAAAAAAAAAAAAAUUUACCUUCAACACGGGUUAACAGGUUCCUUUAUGCCUCCGGAUCGACCUAUUGCAGGAAAAAUUAUUCUGAUCUGAUAUGAUCAACUUGGAAAUAUAAAAGUUCAUGAUGGAUCAUUUAUUACAGAUUAAGUAAUUAAUCAAUGUUUAAUUAAUAAGUCUAAUCAGAAAAGCAAACCUGAGCCGCUAUGAUAAUACGUUACAAUAAGAAAUACGCCCUGACAAAUUAAAAAAGUAAAAAUAAAAAUUCAAAUAAAAGGACAAAAUUUGUAGAAACAUGAACAAAUAAACAAAAAAAGAGUACCAGGACAAUUAGAAGAACGGAGAAAAGGAGGAGAGCGAGAUCUGGAAUGCGAAAAGAGAGCAGCUCCGCCGCCGGCGUCUCCAUAUCGUCUAGAGGAAUUCACUGGCCUCCUCGACAUGCCUACGAAUUUUUAUUACCCAGAGACAGAUUGAAUGAUGUGUAUUAUUGUGCGAGAAGAGGGAGAAUCGGAUCUCAGUUUUAUUUUUAAAUUAAUUUUAAUAAAAGAAAAAAAGAGAAAAGCUUUGGGGUUAAUCGGCGCGUUCAUGUCGGCCGUGACAUCCAACGGUCACAAAAAUGAAGCCUUUAUAAUCUCUUUGGCCCAAUGUCGGCCUGAUUUUAAGCCCUUAACUUAAAAGGCCUCGUCUACGAAGAAUCAAUCGAGUUCUAGAACUCUAUUGCUUAUUUAUUUAUUACUGCAAAUUCAGGUUUUAAGAGGAUCAAAUUCAAAGGCGGUGAAAAGAAAUAGAUUGAAGUCGAUUGUGAAACUCUACCCGUGCUAUUAGCGUUUGGAUUGAAAUUGAAUUGAAGCAAACGGAUUGUUGAAAUUUCGAUAUUCGGAAAUUGAGGAAUCAAAAGCAAUGGGAGGCGAUGAUGCUGAUAGGGCUUAUAAAGAGAAAGAGGACGACCCCAAACUUUGGGGAAUUUUCCUCUUUGGUUUAAUCGGCGCCACUGCGACAACUUUCGCUUUAGCCAGGUCACAAUCAUCAUGGAAAGGAGGUUCUUUUCGAACAUCCAUUCAGGAGGAAGCAUGGAAAUGGUAUAAUCGUAGAAUGCAAGAAGAGUAUGAGGAAGAAAUGGAGAGAGUGGAGCGAAUAAAGCGCAUGCAAAGUGUGUUCAACAGGGAGAGAAACAAAUACAAAAGGAGCUAUGAGAGUUGGAAGGAAAAUGGUCCUGGUGCUUAUCAUCAGCACUUCCAGCGAGAUGAUUGGUAUUGGAAGGCAGAUGCAUCAUACAGAGAUCAGCGAACCAAUCACAGGCAACCUCAAAGAGAUAGUGCAGGCUAUCCAUUAUCACAUCACUACUCAGUUUUAGGUCUUGACAGGUCCAGAACGGAACCAUAUACAGAAGAUGAGAUUAAGACGGCAUUCAGGACGAAGGCAAAACAAUUCCAUCCGGAUCAGAACCAGGAUAAUAAAGAAGUUGCAGAGGCAAAAUUUAAGGAUUUAAUGACCUCCUACGAGGCCAUAAAGCAAGAAAGGAAGAACAUGAAGGCAUAAAAAUCUGAUCAAUCCUGCAUAAAGUUGGGGAAGUGAAGAGCAAUAAUAGGGAUGUAGAAUAUUGAAAGCCCUAUACUUCUACCUCUAUGGUUUAGAGAGUGGACAUAGAUCAAAACUUUCUUUCUGGAAUCAACUGAGUUUAUAGUGACGUUGUAUAUCUAGGCUUUUAGUGGGAGAUGAAUAAUGAAUUUUUUUUUCUAUGCAUGCAUAAUGCAAGGGGGUGGUAAUGUAUUUUUUAGGCAUGAUACCAUGCUUUGACAGUCCUCAUUCCAAUUUCUUGAAUGAUGUAGAGAAAAAUAAUGAUUUGGCUCGUUACUCAUCUCUUAGCUUAUACGACUUAAUAAUAAUAAUAAUAAUAGCCUAUAUGACUUAAACUUUAAACAAAAAACUGCUUCACACUAGCAGAAAAAUUCCACAGGAUAUGCACCAAAGCUUCUUUUAGCAUAGUAUCCUGUCGAUUAUAAGUUUCUUUUAGCAUCUUCUCUGUGCUAGUUAGAAUUAAGAUAACAGAUUGAUCUCUCUGAACUCAAGAGUCAGAGCGGUACUUUGAUGAUUGAGAUUCAUACUUCAAUUCAUCCACAAUCACAACAAUAACAAAAGUAAUAGUGAAAACAAAUAUGGUGAAAGUCAUCCACCCCAAAUAAUUGGUCAAUGAGACGAGAUUGGAGUUUUUGUGCGAUAAUAAAUUUUUCUUUUAGGUUGUGCAUUUCAUCUUUUUUUCAUUCACUUUCCUUUCCAGGCAGUAUGCUUGGUUUUACAAUGGCCAAUUGAUUACAUAUAAUUAUCAAUAACUGCAGCUAAGCACCACUCUUUCUCAGAAAGCCUCAAAACAAAUUGUUCCAGAGUUACAGAAAUAAAACAUCAAAGAACUGGACUGCAUAACAACACAAAGAAACUACUGAAACACUCAAUGCCACUCACACCCAAGCAAUGAACAAAUCAUGUCUCCUUACACCAGCUUAACCAACCCAUCAGCCAAACAAUUCUUUCCCUUAGAAUAUACUGGAAUUUGAAAGGCUUUAAACUAUUGACUAGAUAGUUUGUGUUCAAAGUUCCCAAGUCUGCCAACUUACUAUGAAAAUUCUACCUGACAACAUUAAUUUACAGGCCUAUCCAACAAAAAAGGAUACAGACGGUGUCCAUGUUCCUAACGAUGAUCAAGGCUUAACAAUUUAUAUUAAGAAACAGUAAUUAAGGAACAUACUUACAGCCACUUACCGCCCUUCCAUAUUUGGAAACCUCUGACCUGGAAAACUGAAAACCUAUAUUUAUAACAAUCAGAAAAGUCCUUGACAUGUCAAAAGGCUCAAAUUAUUUCUUUGUAAUCACAUUGAGCAUAUUAGCUACAGAAACACUGCUAUAAAAGCUUAAUGCAUUUUUUUACAACACAGACAGGUUUAUUAAAAGAUGAAGACGAAGAAGAAGAUGGCCAUGAUGACAUAAAUAUAGCAUAUAAGGAGUUAAGGUUGGCAGUAGAUCUAAACAAAGAAUCAAUCAGAAGUCCACCAAUAGAAAAAAAUGGCUAAAUUUGGCAAAAUAAAAAAGUGGUUUAAACCAUCAGCAAGCAAACAUAGAUUAUGACUUGUAAGUUCGGGAAUCAAAAUAAACUUAAGUUGCUUUUACCUGUAAAUAGUACAACUCCAUCAGCAGAUACUCUUACAAAAUCAGGAAUUGUCUUGUUGAGAUAUCUUGGAGACAACUAAUCUAAUGCAUC